AACCUAUGUAUUUUGUCUCUCACCUCUAGACCUUCAGCAGCUCUUACCUUCUGAAAAGGAGGUUCCCAUGGUGAAGCGGGAAGGGAGCCCCAGUUGGGGCCAGGAGACGCCAGAGGCCCCUUGCGUCAAAGAGGAAGAGGAGGAACUUUGGAUCAGUCGGGAGGAAGAGCGGUGUCAGCAUCUGGAUGAGGCUGGUAUAACCAAGUUCCCAUUCACUCCUGUCCCUGUGAAGAGUGAAAAUGAUGACGAGGAACCUCUGUCCAUACAGCUCCAUCAAAGCCAAACAGGGGAGUACAGAGAAGUGGAACCUCCAGACAGCCCCUUGACCAAAGAAAUGAAAACAGAACCUGAUGGAGAGAAAUGUGGACUAUCAGAACUAGUUAGUAAGCAAGAUCAAGAUGGUGAUUUAGAAACAACUAGUUAUUGUCAGCCCCUUUCUUCAGACUGCUAUCAAAGUGAGACUGAAGACAGUGAUGAUGGUUGUAGCAAGACUAGAGAACCACAGUCAAGUUUGGACACAACAAACAACACUGAAAUAAAUAAUCAGAGAUCUCUUAAGAAGAAAACCAUCAAUUGCCCUGUCUGCGGUAAAGGGUUUUCUAGAAGACAACUUAUGCGGAUACACAUGAAUGCACACACAGGAGAGAAACCCUUUAGUUGCUCAGUCUGUGGUAAAGUGUUUUCUCGAAAAGAUCAUGUGCACACACAUAUGAGAAUACAUACAGGGGAGAAACCUUUUAGAUGCUCAGACUGUGGCAGAAGAUUUUCUCGAACAAGUAAUUUACGCACACAUAUGAGAAUACAUACAGGGAAGAAACCUUUUUGUUGCUCGGUCUGUGGGAAGAACUUUGCUUCAAGAGAAAAUAUGCUGAAUCAUAUGAGAAUACAUACAGGAGAAAAACCUUUUAGUUGUUCAGUCUGUGGUAAAACUUUUGCUAGAAGACCAACUUUGAAUGUACAUAUGAGAAUGCAUACAGGAGAGAAACCUUUUUGUUGCUUGGUCUGUGGGAAGAGCUUUAGUACAAGAGAAUGUAUGCAGAAUCACAUGAGCAUACAUACAGGAGAAAAACCUUUUAGUUGUUCAGUCUGUGGUAAAACUUUUGCUAGAAGACCAACUUUGAAUGUACAUAUGAGAAUGCAUACAGGAGAGAAACCUUUUUGUUGCUUGGUCUGUGGGAAGAGCUUUAGUACAAGAGAACGUAUGCAGAAUCACAUGAGCAUACAUACAGGAGAAAAACCUUUUUGUUGUUCAGUCUGUGGUAAAGCGUUUGCUAGAAAAGUGUAUAUGAACACACACAUGAAAAUACAUACAGAGAAGAAACCUUGAUGAGUCUUUGGUGAAGGUUUUCGUCAAAAGGUCAGUCAGAAGAAACAUGACAUCAAAGAGAAUACGAGAUUGCUUGGCUCUUCUUGUGGAAACAAAAAAAAAUCGUUUGUUCACGUGCCACGAUCAGAUCAUCAUAUUAAUCUGUACAUUGGACUUACUGAAUGGUCAAAGUGGAGCCUAAAAGUGGAUGUUGAAUAUCAACUUUUCUUUUUUCUUUUCUUUUUUUUUUUUGACCUAACAAAAUUAGGCAAAGGGACUGCCGAUGGUAACUAGCCUCUUAGCUAACUCUGGUACAUUUACAUUUAUUCCAGAUGUUGAUUAAUGUACAUUCUCCCUUCCCAAUAAAUGUUUAAAAAAUAUUGGAGCACAGAAUGUUUUAUAGUUAAUUAGGAGGCUACUGAAAUGAAUUCAUUCAGUUUAACAUGAGUUCCGUGCUUGACAGCA